AUGACUACCACAUACAGUGAUAGUUUAAUAAUAUGGCUUAUUUUCCAACUAAUAAAUGUCAUUCUUUUACUGUUUCUUGGCAUACAAUUCGCGUUCAAAAGAAAACAUUAUACACUAGCGAAUCUCGGGUUUGUUGCAUUCAUCGAUUGUAUCGUCAGCACAUCCGUGGCUUUAGUCUAUGGAGAUGAAUUGGCAACAUUGGAAUUUGCAACAAUGAACACAACCACCAACUCCACUAAUACGAUCUCAUUUGAACCCUUUUCCUCAAACCAGGAUAAGAAUAGCUCAAUAGCGAUAGCAGCAGCAAUUCAAGAUAAUACUACUACCACCACCUAUACUUCACCGCCAUCAUUUUGCAUCGCUCAAUCAUUCAUUCUUUACUUUACACAUUUAUGUAUUGGAUUUUGGACAUUUUGUUUGAUGAUCAACCUUUGGUUGUUGAUAGUGAAAGGUGCAAGUGAUGUAGAAAUAAAGUGGUUUAAGGUGUACAUUAUAUUCGCGUGGUUAUUACCACUUAUUUUAACGUGCACAGCAUUCAUUAUCUUGCGCGAACAAUCCAUCACAUAUGGUGUAUCCACUUCACUUUUAUUCUUUUGUUCCAUCGAAGAUGGAGUCGUAAGAAUUGUGACGAACAAUAUUCCAUUUGCACUAUGUGCAAUUAUUGGACUUGGCUUGGGAACACACGCGUCUUGUACCCUGAUUAAUUAUAGGACAAGAUUCUUAAAGCAAAAUUCACUAAAGAGCCUGGCAAUCCCAAUGGGAUUGUGUGUUCGGAUGGUCUUAUUCUGUUUACUCUAUCUUAUCCUAUUUAUCUUCACUUCCGUUAAACCGGCCGCCGAAUUUUUUUUACCGAAUGAUUCAGCAAAUUAUCUCACAAAAAAAGUAGCACAAACAAUGGAUGCAUAUGUUGACACAUUAAUCGCGUGGGGUCUUUUCCUGAUAUUCGGAACCACGCGAGAAUCCAUUCGUUCAUUAUUCACCUGUUUCGGAAUUUACUGCUGGCGUUGUGUUGAUAUCGUAAAUCGUCAACAACCUCCUGCUCCGCCUUCAACUCCUGUUUCAGACCUAGAAACUCCAAAUAAUCUAGUGCCUUCCGAAAAUAAUAUAACUCUCACGACAACACCAGCAUUACCUCAAUUACCACCAUGUAAAUACAUGUGCUGCGAAUCAUUCCCGAUUUCUGAUAAAAAUUCACCUUCCAUUAUAGCAUUCUCUCAUGCAGGCAGCAGCAAUAGUAAUAGUAGCAGUUUGAAGCGUGCAAUGUCAACACGUGGUAAACGAAAAGUUGUGCAUGAAAACUCUUCUCCUUUUCGACUUGAUGAAUUAAGAUUCGAUUGUGAAUCAAUUGAUAAUGAUGGGCCAGGAUCAAGUAGCAGUACAUUUGGAAGUCUUGGAUUAUUAAAUGAUCCAGCCAUCUUAAGAUUAUUUGCCUAA